GGUGGUGUAUUUGCUUUCACUGACUCCAGACUCACAAUCACUAUCUGCCCCUCUUUGGCCCCUGAAAUUGCGAUUGCGUCGUCCACAGCACAGGCUUUCUAGUGUCCCACUCCUCUCCCCUGUUGCUACGACCGACUCGCCUAAACCUGGAAAAGCGGCGGUAGCGUGGGCCGACGGAACACAAAAAAACAUCAACAGGCUUCGCAUCUGCUCUCUUCUUUUUCUCCUCCACGCAUCUCACCUGUCAAUCCCCCCUCGCCCCUGGUGCAGUCAAUCUUGCUCUUCAGAGUUCUCUCUUGUGUCACAGUUGUCCUCUGCCUCUACUUUAUCAAUUACAAUCACGGAAUUCAUCGUCUGAAAUCUGGUCUGAAUUCCGCGAACUCAAACUUACGGAACGCUUCCCAUAGUCACCGCUUCCAAACAGACAACAACCUCACCAACAACUUGCACAAAGAAGCUCGCCCUCACCCCGCAUCGCCUCGUCGUCCGCCCUCUCUACACGACCGACUGACAGCGAUACCAACAGAAGAUACCUUGAGCGACCACCACCCCAUACAAAUCUGCCUUUCAAGCAAUCCCUUCUGUGACUUUCAGUAGUCAUGGCUGGCCCUACGCAGUUUGCAUACCGAACAUUGAAGGAGAUUGGCAUCGUGGAUGCUGCGCCCGUCUAUGAACCUUUGCCUGGGUUUCAGAAACCGGAAGGGAACUCACGUUGCUGCACAUAUUCUCCCUGUGGACGUUAUUUUGCUUGGGCUUCCAAUGAGGGUGUUACUGUCGUUGAUGCAUCAGGCGGACACGUCAUCACCACCUUACCCACUCCUAACGUCUACGAAUUAGGUUUCUCUCCAAGAGGCUCAUACAUCAUUACAUGGGAACGCCCUUCCAAAGACGAAAAUGGGGACGCUGUGAAGAAUCUCAAGGUCUGGCUCACAGUAGAGGACGUUCCACAAGGCGGGGAGAAGGCUGUCAUUGGUCGAUUUGUGCAGAAAUCACAGACGGGUUGGAACCUGCAAUAUACUUUUGAUGAGAAAUACUGUGCCAGAUCAGUGACCAACGAGGUACAAUUCUACGAGAGUGGUGAUUUGGGAACUGUCUGGAACAAGCUUCGGGCUGAGGGGGUUGCAGAUUUUGCAAUUUCUCCGGGCAAUAACCAUGCCGUAGCGGCUUUCAUUCCAGAGCGAAAGGUCAGUCUUCUUUUCUUGUUUCCAUCAAUAACCACUAAUCAGUUCUCUUAGGGUCAACCAGCCGCAGUUAAGAUAUUCAAUGUGCCUCAAUUCAAUAGCCCUGUUUCGCAGAAAACCUUUUUCAAAGGCGACAAGGUCCAAUUGAAAUGGAACAACCUAGGCACAACAUUGAUUUGUCUCGCACAAACUGAGGUCGACAAGACAGGCAAGAGUUAUUAUGGAGAGACUACGCUAUACGUGCUGAGCGCAAAUGGUGGAUUCGAUUCAAGAAUAACCCUUGACAAGGAAGGCCCAAUUCAUGAUGUAUCCUGGUCCCCGAAUUCGAAGGAGUUUGGUGUCAUAUACGGAUACAUGCCAGCCAAGACAACCAUUUUCAACCAAAGAGCUAUUGCUACACACACCUUCCCACUCGGUCCAAGAAACACAAUUUUAUUUUCCCCAACUGGUCGAUUCGUUUUGGUAGCUGGAUUUGGAAAUCUUGCGGGUCAAAUGGAUAUAUAUGAUCUUGAAAAGGAUUAUAAGAAGAUUUGUACAAUUGAGGGGGGAAAUCCCAGUGUUUGUGAAUGGAGUCCGGAUAGCAGAUACAUUCUUACUGCCACUACUAGCCCACGUCUCCGUGUUGACAACGGAGUUCGUCUCUGGCAUGUUGGAGGGGGUAUCAUGUACAACCAGGAUAUGGUGGAAUUGUAUUAUACUACUUGGAAGCCACAAGCUGCGGACCAGAUUGCCCCUGGUGAUCCUUUAACCCCAGUUCCGAAGCCUCACUCGUCUGCUUUGGCCUAUUUGGGUACCGUUAAGACACCUUCAAAGCCUGCAGGCGCAUACCGACCGCCAGGAGCCCGUGGAACUAUGACCCCUCUCCACUUCAAGCGUGAGGACGAAGGAGGCGCCGCUCAUAUUGUCAGCAAUGGAACUUCUUUGGUAAACUCCAACGGCUUCGGAGCCCGACCACGAAGACUUGUCCCCGGAGCUGAGGCAGUGAACAAUCUACCACCUGGAGCUGAGCCUGCGACUCCUCCCGCAGGAGCUGCUGAAGGAGAUGAGAAUCUUUCCAAGGCCGCUUUGAAAAACAAAAAGAAACGUGAAGCGAAGAAGGCGAAGGAAGCAGAGGCAAAGGCAGCUGGAUUGGAGCCAGUCGCUCAAGGUGGAGCUGCCCAACCCCAAAAUGCUGACCGUCGUAGUCCUGAGCGACGAGAGCGUCGAGAGAAUCAGCAUCAGCGCAGUCGUUCAAAGGGAACGCAAGAUGUCCGCAACUCAUCCCAGCAAAGAUAUCGCAGCAACACUCAACGAGGCCAACAACCAAACAUGCAGCAAUAUCAAAAUCAAAAUUACAACCAAGGUGGUCAAGGUUAUCAACAUCAAGGCCAAUACCAAAAUCAAGGUCAAUAUCAAGGUCAAGGCGGAUACCAAGGACAGCCUCAACACCAAGGUCAAAACCAAUACCAGCAACAAAACAAUCGCCAGAACUUCAACAACCAGAACGGAAACAAUGGACAUGGGGGUGUUCCUUUGAAUCAGAUGAACAACUUGGCCAUCAAUUCUGCCCAGCGUCAUUUGGAUGUUGCGCCAGAAGUAGCCCUGAUCUCACCUAACGGUGGAAGUCCCAAUGCCAAGAAAUUGCGAGGAUUGCAAAAGAAGAUCCGCGCUAUUGAGGAUUUGGAGAUGAGACUGGCAGGUGGAGAGAAGUUGGAGGACACACAGUUGAAGAAGAUCGGAACCAAGAACUCGGUCCAAGCUGAAUUGACUGCGUUGGAACGCGAGGGUUAAUUUGGGGGCUGUUGGUAACCUUUUAGCUUUCAGUUGGUUUGGCUGGGUUGGCGGAUGGUUAUUAAAAGUGUAUAGGUUUGGCGUUUGAUACUUUUACUUGGAUUGCAUUUGGACAAAUGAUGGGCAUGCAAUGGCUGGGAGGGAAGGGGGGAAAGUGUAAGAGCUUCAUCUAUGGAUAUGGAUGGGUAGGCGAUUGCAAGGCUCUUCCCUCUCUCUUUUCAUUUUUAUGAGGAGACUGACUCCACGCGGCUCGUGGUUUGGUGGAUUUAUCAUUGAGCAUUGAGCCGGUUGUUUCUCAUCAUUGAUCGAUCAAUCCAAUACAGCGAGACAAAAAUUAGAAAAAAUUCAAAGACCAAAAAUUCGAAUCCUUUUUGGAUUGAAAAUUGUUGAUGCUUUCUGCUUUUUAAUUGAGUGAAUGAUGUGUGUGGAUGAGUGGAUUUGUUUGGAUUUGUUUAUUUAGAGGUGCAGAUGUGCCCUCGUCUAGACUGGCAGGGUUUGGUUAUAGGAAGUGUAAUGUUACUGGAUACUCUUGAUUAGGUAGAGCUUACGGUCCUACGUCUUUCUUCUCAUAAGAUAACGAAAGGUAAUAAAAAUAAACAAUAGUAACAAGAAGCGAAGUGAAGACAAACUGAACUGAUAAUGAUUGGAAAUGAAACUACCACAUACGACCAUAGACUGAGGAGAAUUGGG